AUAACAUUGCCAUCCUGAAGAAACUUUUUAUUUAAUUUUGAGGAUGUCUUAACUGCAACUGUCUCUACCAAUUCGUAAUUCCAAAUGAAUUUACCACGAACGGACCAGUCAUGGCGUGUUUAGAAAAUCUGAAACAGGACAUACGGAUCCUGGAGAGCACUUUCCCCAGACAAAACGAACGGUUUCAGAUUCUGACAGUCUCAGUUGACGAGAUAUCGUGUCGAUUUAUCGACAGAAAUGGUGACAAACACCGUAUUCAUGGCAAUAUCACGGAGACAUAUCCACAGAUGGCUCCAAUGUGGUACAUAGAUGAUGAUGACAGUUAUAUCAGUGCUGCAAUCCAAGAACUGGAAAGGGCCCCACCUACAAAAAAUAAUAUACUGCAACAAGUGAAGAUGUUAGUAACGACACUUUGUCGCUUGAAUGAAGUCCCUGUACCCGAGGCUAUGUCCCAUAUAGACCAUGCACUAACAGAAAGGGGCAUGGAAAUUUCUGAUGAAGAUGAGGAUGACGAAGAUGAAGAACAGGAAGUAGAAGACGACGAUGGAGAAGAGGAAGUUUGUCAUGAUGAUAUGGAAGAGGAUCCUCAAAAUGAUCAGAGAAUGAAAGAGGAGGUAGCCGGUAUUGAUACAGACAAUUUAAUGGUAUUAGAACGACUUAGACAGAAUCAAAGGCAAGAUUAUCUCAAGGGUUCCGUGUCAGGAUCAGUGCAAGCCACAGAUCGUCUAAUGAAAGAACUGAGAGAUAUUUACCGCUCAGACAGUUUUAAAAAAGGAAUCUACACAGUAGAUCUAGUCAAUGAUUCACUUUAUGAGUGGAGUAUUAAAUUAAAAAAGGUGGAUCCAGAUAGUUCGUUGUACACUGAUCUUCAAACUUUCAAGGAAAAGGAAGGCAGGGACCAUAUUCUUCUUAAUUUUACUUUUAAGGACAACUACCCUUCAGAGCCACCGUUUGUGCGUGUGAUAACUCCUGUGUUACAAGGAGGCUAUGUUUUAGGAGGGGGCGCUAUUUGUAUGGAGCUUCUUACACGACAGGGAUGGAGCAUAGUAUACAGUAUGGAGUCUGUUAUCAUGCAGAUCGCAGCAACUCUUGUUAAAGGGAAAGCUCGAAUCCAAUUUUCUGCAUCAAAGAAUCAGUACAGUUUAGCUAGAGCCCAACAGUCUUUCAAAUCUUUAGUGAAGAUUCAUGAAAAAAAUGGAUGGUUCACUCCCCCAAAAGAAGAUGGCUAGAACUAUUGGUUGAUGGCUGAUUUUUCUUCUUUUUUUUUCUGUGACAUUUAAUUCAUCAUCAUGCUGAGACUGUCUAAAAGGAAAAUCACCUAUGUUGCCUACUUUGCAGUACACUGUGUUCUUGUACUGAUAAACAUUCUAGAAUGCAUUUCACAGAGAAAUGAAUAUCCUAUACGCAGCACCAUUCAGCUAUCUUCUUGUCAGCAGAAUGUGUUUGACGGACGCACAUAGUCCUCUGUGAGCCAAUUGCAACAGUUUUUAAUGAAGACGCUUUGCACUGAUAAAGACAGAAUAUUGUAUGCCAGACCCUGAAUCCUCAAAACAAUCUCAGAUUGUUUCUUCCUCAUGUUAUAAAGCCUAUAUUUAUUGAUCUGUAGUUAGUUUCACCUAGAAUUUUCGACCAUGUCUUAUCAACAGGAAUGCUUUUGUAUGGUUUGCUUUAAUUGUCAUAUCUGUAGCAUAUCACAAAAAUAAUAUGCUGAACUGUUGGCACCAGUCACCUCUAGAUUAAAAAAUUAUGAUUUUAAAAUGUAAAACGUUUUGUUAUCCAUAUGAUUGUCUCCCUUUUUAGAAAAAAUUACAGUAAAUGAUAAUUUUUGAAAAUUGCUUUUCCCCAUUUGAAACAGAUUAUAUUCAUGAUUACAAAAACCUGAACAUUUGACCAUGGUAUUGAUUCAUGUCCUUCAUUCUUUUCUGUCUUUCUGCCACUUCUUCUUUGUUCUUGUGAUGUGCUUCGCAAGGUAUUUGUUUGAAAGAUUGGAGGACUGCAUUAGAGGAUUAUCAGAUAGUUUGUGAGGAAGACUGGAAUGAUGUAGGCACGAAUGAGUGAUUUUAUUGUGAAUGGUUAUUGUGUGUUUUGGGAGAUUGUGAGUGUGAAAGCAUAUAAUGUGUAACUUGAGUUUUUUUGUAUGUUAAGUAACUGUACAUGUAAAAUAUGUCUUGCCAGACAGGUCAUAUUGUUGUUGCAGACAUUUCCAGGUUAAAGUUUUUAGGAUGGAAUUCUAGUCCUGAAGUGUAGUUCAUCUUCAUUUUAAUGGAUAUUGUAUCCAUAACACAAGUUUUUUUUUCAGUAGUUUCAGCCCAUCCCUUUAUUUCUUCUUUUCUUGUAUGAAAUAACAAAACAAAAAAAAAACUCAAACAAAGCUAUAGAAAAGUGAAAUUUGGCUCUUGGUGCAGUAAAUCCCUUAGUUGUACACUGGAUUAGAUUGCCUGUUUUGUGAUAUGAAAAUAAAACUGUAAGAAGUUGUUGCAGAACACAGAGAAAGCCUGUGGUUGUUAAUGUAGAUAGCAAACAUAUAGAAAAUGUCCUUAAUUAUUAAGAUUUAACAAUUCAUUUACAUCUUCUAUUCAUGUAUCAAAGUGUUGACUGCCAGAAGUCGGAAUAUCUUCAUUUCUUUACUGUCUGCAAAUUAGCCACAUAUCAGGUAUUUACAGGGAAUAUGUUGAUUCCAACUUCUAUUGCGUCUGUGUGUCUGGCUUCCAAAUGAAUUAUGAAAUCAACUUCUUAAGUUAGAACCAGAAUCACCACACAAUUUAUAUUCAGUAUUGGUAUGACUUAAAGCUAUGCACCUAACUUUUUCAUGCAGUUUUCUGUCUGUUUAAUGGAGCUAUACCUAUUUUGCUAUCAACUCCUUCAUCAGUUUUAACUGGAUCCACAUAACAAUUUUAUCUUUUAUAAUUUAGUAUUUCAUUAUAUUACAUGGACCCUAUUUAACAACUUCAACACUUUAUGGCUCCUGUGGUAAUUACUUGUAUCUAGUUGAUGCUUUUUAUCAUUCAUGGCAGAUGCAUUAAAAGAUUUUCAUAUUUUGUAACAGUAUCAGUUGGUCAAUUUUGACAGAAUCGGUUCACAAUAAAUCCAAAAUCAAUGCUAAUGAGACAACCAUUUUAGAUCUGUUUAUUCAACAUGGUGUUAAUUUUGACUGAAAAAUCAUUUAUAGAAAAAUUCAUUGUCAACAAUAUUAUAAAUGAAUAUUCAUCGUCAUACACGUUUGUAAAUCUUGACCCACAGAUUUAUCUAAAAUUAAAAUCUAGGUUAGCUAAACUAAAAGUAUAUUCAACACUCUAGACAUUUAUUUAUCUUAAACCGAAUGAAUUGACGCAUGUUAAAAUACCACCAACAAAACAAUAGAAAAGUCAAAUUUGAUUUUAAUAAAAAAAAAAGACAAAUGUGUAAUAAAUGUGUGUAUUUUAGAAAACAUUGGGUAAUCACUUUACAAAAAUACUUGUACACACUAAACUUACGGUAACAUAUGUGCAUUGGGUUACCUUGAAAAUAUCAGGUUUCAUGUUUCUUGUUUCAGAAAUUCUUUUUUAUUUGCACUAGAUACAUGACAAUCUUGCAGAUGGUACUCUAUAGAAUAUGAUUAUUUAGUAGUUUCCAACCAUGAAGUAUUAUGGUAGACUGCUGAUGUUGUUUGGCUGGAGUGAAAGUUGUAAAUGGUGUACAAGUGUUUUUAACCUGCUACAACAUCUCCAGGUAUGGUAAUUGGAAUAUUUUAUUGAACGGUUUGGUAUAUGUGACCCCAACACAGAAUGUGUAAGGUAUUAGGGAAUACUUAUCUGAUUAUGAUAUCAAUAUAAUUGUAAACAAAAUUAUGGAAAAUUUAUAUGUAACUAUUGUAUCAGCUAUUGUGUCUUUGAAAUUAUGUAGGGAUCUUAUUGGCAAUUGCAAAUGUUGUCUUGUUAUAAAUUAUGUAUGGCCGAUUUUUGUUUUUGUUUUUAAAAAAAAAAUGAAUAAAAGUUUUUAUUGAUGAUUAACGUUGUAAGAGAAUAAAUCCCAAAAAAAGUUGUACUGCCACACAACCUGUCUGUUUUUAUUAGUAUACAUGUACAAUUUGUGUGAUUUUCUGAGCUGUUUGUUUAAUGUUUAAUGUCACAGGCAAUGGGAGCUGUUGACAUAAAAAUGUUAUAUAUGAAUUGUACCACUGAAACAGAAGUCAAUAAAUGAAUAAAAUAAUG